CCAGGCAGUUACUCCAUGAGCCCCUACCAUGUGCCACAGGGAGGUUAUGGUGAUCUAAGCCAUGCCCCCCCACCUGCAGGCGUCAACAUUGGUAACCAGCCCCAACCACAGCCUGAGAAGCUGCCAGGACCAGCAGGCCACGGUCCCAUGCCAGAUUACGGAGGUCCAAAGGUGGGUGCCCCUGGAGGCAUCUCCCCUGCCCCAGCUCUGGCUCCAGCUCCAGCAUCCGUUCCUGUUGGUGUGCCACCUGGGCUGGAGUACCUAACCCAGGUUGACCAGAUCCUUAUACACCAAAAGGUCGAGCUUCUGGAGGUAGUCCUUGGUUUUGAGACCAACAACCAGUACGAGAUCAAGAACACCCUGGGCCAGCAGAUUUACAAGGCCAAGGAGACAAACGACUGCUGCACCAGGAACUGCUGUGGCUCCAUACGCAGCUUCGACAUGAAGAUCAAAGACAACAUGGGCCGAGAGGUCAUCCGCCUUAUACGGCCCCUCCGCUGCAAUUCAUGCCUCUGCCCAUGCUGCCUGCAAGAGCUUGAGGUGCAGGCUCCACCGGGCAUCACUGUAGGCUAUGUGUCACAGGUCUGGCACCCUUGGACUCCAAAGUUAACCAUUCAAGGGGCCAACCAAGAGACACUGAUGACAUUGGAGGGGCCCUGCUUCGCCUUCAACUGCUGUGGCGAAGUCAACUUUGAGUUGUGGGGGAAAGAUGGGGAAGAGCCAAUUGGUCGAAUCAGCAAGCAGUGGAGCGGUCUUCUUAAGGAGACCUUGACCGACACAGCUAACUUUGGUAUCCAGUUCCCCCUCGAUAUGGAUGUGAAGAUGAAAGCCGUGCUCAUGGGCACCUGCUUUCUCAUUGAUUUUAUGUACUUUGAGAGGUCGUCGUAAUACGUUUUUCUCAUAACAUGGGCACGUAGAAAAGAAGAGAGAGAAAGAAAGUCAAUUCAAUCUGUUAUUCUUUGUCUGUAUCAAGGCCAUUUUUUCAGGAUAAAAUCCUGCCUGUUUCCAAAGCAUUUUGUAAUCUGCCGUAUUGACAGUCCUGGAGUUUUUCUUUAUUUAUACAAAACUGGAUUAUUUAUCUGAUGAUGAGCUGCAGUUUAGCCCAAUGCAGACAAGUAUCCCGUCCAAUCAUUGCAUUCUGUCGAAAUGCCGUCCAGUCAUUAGUGUUGGUCCAAACUUAAUGAUUGGACAUGUUUAUUACAUCCUGCGGAUGGGAUCCAGGAUGUGAAGUUUAUUCCAACGCAAUAUGUAUAUUGGUUUUCUGUUAAAUAGUCUUGCCCCAGCAUUGCCAUCAAAUUUUAGCCAUAUUUUACCUCACCAAAUACUUAGUCCUAUAAUUACUCUAAGCUAUUCCACCUCAAAGCUGACUUGUUACCGGUAACUUGAACAUUAACAUUUAGAAGAUGGUAUGUAAAACAAAUGUUGGAGUGCUAGACAUUGUUAAAAGACAGCUUAAAACCUACCUUUUUAGCGAAGCAUUUAAGUAAUUUUAUCUCAGAAGGGUUUUACUACUUUUAUUAGUUAUAUUAUUGUUUUUAUAGAUUUUCUAUUUUAAUUAUUACUUUUAUCACUUGUAUUAUUGUUUUUAUUGAUUUUAUGUAAAGCACCUUGAGCUACAAUUCUUGUAUGAAAUGUGCUAUAUAAAUAAAGUCUUACUUACUACUUCAAAAA